AUGAAACCUAACGAACAAAUUGACCAUGGCGCAGACACGCAGCUCCAUCGAACGCUAGGAACACGACAUCUUACCAUGGUUGCCCUCGGAUCUUCAAUUGGAAUGGGAAUGUGGCUGGGAGCUGGAACUUCCCUUGUGAAUGGUGGUCCAGCUGCUUUAUUUCUGGGAUUCGUGCUGGCCAGCUCCCUGAUAUGGGCCGUAAACCAGGCCAUAGGCGAGAUGGCUGUAAUUUACCCCCUUCCGUCGGCGUUUAUACAGUGGACGAGCAUCCUUAUCAGUCCUGCAGCAGGGUUCGCAGUGGGCUGGGGAUAUUGGAUGUCUUACUGGAUUUCCAUGGCGAAUGAACUUCAGGCGGUAGUCACUAUUCUGAGGUACUGGACGGAUGAUUUGCCCACGGCAGCUGGAAUUUCAGCAUUUUGGGUUGUGAUCAUUCUGGUGAAUAUCUGGGCAGUCAAGUUCUUUGCAGAGGUGGAAGUGGUUAGUUCAACCAUUAAGUUCAGUUGGAUGCUGGUCGUUGUUAUUACCCUUCUGGUUAUCACUGCGGGCGGAGCUCCCAAAGGCCAUGCCAUCGGCUUCCGCUACUGGAACGAGGACCCCUUUACCAAUGGCUUCAAGGGGUAUAUUGCAAUCUUGCCAACGUGUAUCUUUGCAAUGGCGGGUAAUGAGACCACUGCCUUUGUGGCACACGAGGUCGUAAACCCUAGAAGGUCAAUGCCCAAAGCAGUCAACUCAAUCUGGCUCCGCCUUGGGUUAUUUUACCUCCUAGGAAGCUUGAUGAUUACCCUGGCGAUUUCACCAAAGGACCCUAAUCUGUUUGGCAACGAAGGCAGUAAUGGGUCACCCUUUGUGAUUUCCUUCCAGAAUGCAGGGAUUCCGGCUAUGGCGCACAUCACUAAUACUGUCAUCUUUCUUUCCGUCCUGUCGACAGGAAGCAUUACUGCAUAUGGUGGGUCUCGCGUUCUUGUCGGGUUGGCGCAUAUCAACAUGGCUCCCAGCAUAUUUGGCAAGGCAGACAGUAGGGGCCGUCCUUGGGCGGCAUACACCGCGACACUUCUCUUCGGGGGUGGCCUUGCAUAUCUGAACGUCUCCCAUACUGGUGAGGAGGUCUUUACCUGGCUUUCACACCUAGUUUCACUACUGCAGCUCGUUGGUUGGGGCCUGAUCUGCCUCUGCAAUAUCAGGCUACGAUAUAUCUGGAAAUACCAGGAUCGUGCAGUGGCUGAUCUGCCUUGGACGUCAUGGUUUUCUCCCUACGCGCAGUGGUGGGGGUUAGCAUGGUGCAUCAUUCUUAUUAUCUUGGAGCUCUACCUGAGCAUCAAGCCACUGGGCGAGCGAACCUCUGCCAAACAUUUUUUUGCCAACUUUGUCAGUAUAAUUGCAGUACUUGUGGCCUGGAUCCUGGCUCAGAUAUGGUACCGUUGUCCAAUAUGGAUUCAUGCGGGCGAGGUCGAUCUGGACGAGUUCCGGAGGUUUUAUGCCGAUCGUGAUGAUGAAGAAGAGACCGGCCAAACGGGGAUCCGGCAUUCCGUUAAGCGGAAGGCUAAGGCGCUAGUUUCUUAG